CGAUGGAAGAAUUCAUUUGUAGACCUUGAUUUAAAGCCUGGUGUGAUGAAAAUUGAUGACCUUGUUAUCAACACCGAAAUGAAGAUUGCAAAUGGAUGCAAUGCUGCUGAGAUUUUCCCAGGAGUCUUCAACAACUGCAAAGUUGCAGUGAAACGAGUUGCCAAACAUGUUUCCAAAACUGAAAUGGAAAUGGCUAAUUUCCUGAGUUCAAAAAAUGUACAAGCAGAGCACCUUCUGCAACACAUGUCAGUGUUGGAAGACCCUUACUUUGCCUAUUUUGUCUCACCUCUUUGUGAAUAUAGUUUGAUGGAGCUGAUUGAAAACAAGGAUUUUCCUGAAAGAAAAAGCCUGAUAGAGAAUCGAAGACUAGAGAUCUGCCAGGAGUUCCUGCAAGGACUUCAGGAACUGCAUUCACAUGGGAUUUUGCACAGAGACCUGAAGCCGGAAAAUAUUUUGUUUGAUAUCAACAACAAACUGUACAUCGCAGACUUUGGAGCGAGCAGAAAACUGGAUCUGGCACAAACCACACUGCUCUCUCAAAUGGCUGGAUCUUUUUCUUGGUCAAGUUAUGAAGAUGUUGGAGGCAUGCAAUACAAGUACAAGAAAGAAUCAGAUAUCCAGGUAGCAGGAUGCUUGGUGUAUUACAUCCUGACUGAUGGGCAACACCCCUAUCAGACAACUACACCCUACUCCAAGGAUCCAAUUGGGCUAUCUCAAAAUGUCAGAAUGGGUUUCACUGGAACCACAAACAACAACACCAAUGACAGAACCCAUACAGCUGAUUGCUGUCCCCAAACAUCAGAUGAGAUGGACAUCCUAGAGAAUACUGACAGUGAUAAGCCAGAAAGUGUUUGCAGUGAUGUGAUGGAUUCAUCUUCUCACACUGAGGAGGAAUUAUAUGAGUCUGAAAUGGUAAUUAGGGGUAAAUUACAUGACCGGGUGAUGAAUAAUGCAUAG